AUGAAUCUAAAUAAACCAUUUAUUAUUAAUUUAGCAUCAAUUAUAUGCAGCAGUAAUUUUGUUGAUAAAACUGAUAAAAAAUUUUCAGAUGAUUGUCUCAAUUAUCACAAUGAGUUGAGAGCCAAACAUAAGUCGCCUAAACUAGCAAUUGAUAACAAAUUAGUUGAGCAAGCAAAAAAACGGUGCUUAGAGUAUGGCAACCUAACCAACAAUAUUAAACCAAAUACAGUUAACACUGAAAAUAUUUCCGGUGUCAUGAAUAUGCCGGAACAGUUGUCUUGUAAAGUGGCUAUUGAUUUGUGGUAUAAGCAACACAAACACUAUAACUUUACUGAUCCUAAAUUUAAUCCGAAAACCGCCCAUUUUACGGCACUGGUAUGGAAAGAGUCGACCAAAAUAGGCUGUGCCCGAUGUUCAAACGGUACUACGGACACGGAUCUGACCAAACUAUCGGCUGUUGUAUGCAAUUAUCAUCCGAAAGGCAAUGUCGGCAUUUUCAAUGGCAAACCUACCCCGAAAUUUUUCAAAGAUAAUGUCCAAAAUAAAAUCUAACUAAAAAUUUUUUU